AUGAAAUCAGCAAAGAAUUCGAAUGCUGAUCUGCCAAAGCCAUACCACGUUCACAUGAAACGCAGAGGGUGGAAAUCAGUUGCAAGAUUUUACUUGAGGAAGAUGUGGGGUCCAGUGGGCGGCCAGCCAUCUCAGCCAUCCAAUGGGAGAGUCGAAAUCAAAGCUGACUUGGUGCCACAUAAGCCUCUUCUCACUCUCUCAACUACAAGUCCGUCCUGGGAUGCUUUGGUAGUAGUCAAUUCAUGUGCGUUGUGCAGGGUCGGUGGGCCCAUCCUGAAACAAGUACAGUCUAUGUUCUUCUUGGACGGUGCAGAUCCAACGUCAGCUCUUGGAUCAUAUAAAUUGGAAUAA